ACAACUUAUAUACCUCUUAUACCCCUUUUGUGUUUUCUUUGUUUUUGUUUAGACUUUGCUUUUUAGUAGUUCUAAAUCAUAUCAAUCGCUAUGGCAAAUGUGGACAGGCGUGUGAAUGUCGACCGUACUGACAAAGGACUUCAACUUCAGCCGCAUUACGAAGACCGUGUCGGUUAUGGAUAUGGUUACGGUGCUGGUGCUGAUUACAAGAGUCGUGGCCCUUCCACUAACCAAAUCGUGGCACUUAUAGCAGGAGUUCCAAUUGGAGGCUCAUUGCUAGCCUUAGCUGGACUCACUCUAGCCGGUUCGGUGAUAGGUUUCAUGCUCUCCAUUCCACUCUUCCUCCUCUUCAGUCCGGUGAUUGUUCCGGCCGCUCUAACCAUCGGGCUAGCUGUAACCGGAAUUUUGGCGUCAGGGUUAUUUGGUCUGACGGGUCUUAGCUCAGUCUCGUGGGUCCUAAACUACAUCCGUGGGAGGAGUGAUACUGUGCCGGAGCAAUUAGACUAUGCUAAGAGGCGUAUGGCUGAUGCAGUAGGCUAUGCUGGUCAGAAGGGAAAAGAUAUGGGGCAGUAUGUGCAGGAUAAAGCUCAUGAAGCCCACGAUACUAGUCUGACCACUGAGACCAACGAACCGGGUAAGGCAAGGAGGGCCCAUAUAGGGUAAGUAUGGAAGAACCCUCUGUUGUGGGCUUUUGUUGGAAAGGCAAUUAUGUAAUUUUACUCUUGUGUCCCAGUUUUUUUCUUUUACAAUAUAUUGUCAAUGUGUAAGUUUGUUUUGUCGUGUCCAAAUAAAAUAUUUUGUGGGUGAAAUAAGAAUAGAACUGUUGUCUGUU